UCAAGCUAUGCGAGUGAGCAAAUAGAUGCGGAACAGGGAGAAGGAGAGGGGGCGGUAGUCUGCUGCCCUUCACGGUCAUUUCUGCACAAUUGCAUAAAACCGUGGCCAUCUCGUAUUAUUAUCAUCGGUUGUAUCGGGAAUAUAAAUAUCAACCGUGAAGAUGGCGCAGUCAGACACCAAGAAGAUAUUCUUUGAGAACCUCUCCGGAGCAGGAAAAGCCAUCGCGGUGCUGACUAGCGGAGGGGAUGCUCAAGGGAUGAAUGCAGCUGUGCGUGCUGUGGUUCGAAUGGGGCUAUAUGUGGGAGCAAAGGUUUAUUUCAUUCGGGAGGGAUAUCAAGGUAUGGUGGAUGGUGGGGAGAACAUAACAGAAGCUAAAUGGGAAAGUGUGUCCAGCAUGCUUCAAGUGGGCGGGACGGUCAUUGGCAGUGCCCGCUGCAAAGACUUUCGCACGCACGAAGGACGCCUGAAGGCCGCUCUCAACUUGGUGAAGCUCGGCAUCACCAACCUGUGUGUGAUCGGUGGAGACGGCAGCCUGACGGGAGCCAACCUCUUCAGGGAGGAAUGGAGUGGACUGCUCGCGGAACUGGUCGAGCAAGGUUCUAUCGAGCAGCAAUCGGUUCAGACCUAUUCCGCCCUUCACAUCGUCGGUAUGGUGGGCUCCAUUGAUAACGACUUCUGUGGAACCGACAUGACAAUCGGCACCGAUUCUGCUCUGCACCGAAUCAUUGAGGUGGUGGAUGCAAUUAUGACAACCGCACAGAGUCACCAGAGGACAUUUGUUUUAGAAGUCAUGGGCAGACACUGCGGCUACCUGGCCUUGGUUAGUGCCCUGGCAUGUGGGGCUGACUGGGUGUUAAUCCCCGAGAUGCCUCCGGAGGAUGGCUGGGAAGAGAAGAUGUGCCAAAAACUGUCUGCGAAUCGAGCAGUGAUGAAAAGGCUGAAUAUCAUAAUAGUAGCCGAAGGGGCCAUUGACCAUAACAACAAGCCCAUUACUACUGACUGUAUUAAGGACCUUGUUGUCAAGUGUUUGGGUUUCGACACGCGAGUGACAAUCCUGGGUCACGUGCAGCGAGGAGGCACCCCUUCUGCUUUUGAUCGUAUCCUGGCCAGCCGAAUGGGUGUGGAGGCUGUUCUCGCCCUGCUGGAGACCACAGCCAAUACGCCAGCCUGCGUGGUGUCUCUGUGCGGCAACCAAUCAGUGCGCUUGCCUCUGAUGGAAUGUGUACAGAUGACUCAAGAGGUGCAGAAGGCGAUGGAUGAGAAAAAGUUUGAAGAAGCAGUCAAGCUCCGUGGCAGGAGUUUUGAGAACAAUCUGAAGACGUACAAAUUGCUGGCUCAUCGUAAACCGGAGUCUGAACUGCCGACUAGCAACUUUAAUGUGGCGGUGUUGAACGUGGGCGCCCCUGCGGCAGGCAUGAAUGCGGCCGUCCGUUCAGCUGUCAGGGUGGGCAUCUCGGAGGGCCACAAAAUGUUUGCCGUCAAUGAUGGUUUUGAGGGCUUCUAUAAAGGUCAGAUUAAGGAGAUUAAAUGGUCCGAUGUUGGAGGAUGGACAGGACAAGGGGGAUCGCUGUUGGGAACUAAAAGAACACUCCCCGCAAAGCAUGUCGGCAAAAUUGCAGAGCAGAUGCGAACUCACAACAUAAAUGCACUGCUGGUAAUUGGUGGAUUUGAGGCCUUCCUGUCGCUGCUGGAGUUGUUAACGGCGCGCGGGAAGUAUGAGGAGUUCUGUGUGCCCAUGGUCAUGGUCCCGGCCACGGUCUCCAACAAUAUACCGGGCUCAGACCUCAGCAUCGGAGCUGACACAGCUCUGAAUGCCAUUACUACUGCGCUUGAGAGUCUGCUGCAGCUGUAUGAGGCACGCGCUACCUAUGAGGACUUUUGCAUCCCGAUGUGUAUGCUGCCCGCCACCAUAAGUAACAAUGUGCCGGGUACAGACCUAAGUAUUGGUGCAGAUACGGCGCUCAAUGCUAUCGUGGAGACUUGCGACCGCAUCAAGCAGUCGGCCAGCGGGACAAAGAGGCGCGUGUUUAUCAUCGAGACCAUGGGGGGCUACUGCGGCUACCUGGCUACCGUCGCGGGCCUCGCUGCCGGUGCGGAUGCCGCGUACAUCUACGAGGAGCCCUUUGACAUCAGGGACCUGCAGGCUAAUGUUGAGCACUUGACGGAGAAAAUGAAGACAAGCAUUCAACGAGGUUUGGUGCUCAGAAAUGAGAACUCUAAUGACAACUACACCACAGACUUCAUCUACCAGCUGUAUAGUGAAGAAGGCAAGGGUGUGUUUGACUGCAGGAAGAACGUGCUGGGGCACAUGCAGCAGGGGGGCGCUCCGUCUCCGUUUGACCGAAACUUUGGGACCAAGAUCUCAGCCAAGGCGAUGCAUUGGGUCACCAAAAAGCUGGUGGAGACUUUCAGACAAGGCAGAGUGUUUGCUAACACCGAGGACAGUUGCUGCUUGCUGGGAAUGCGCCGCAGAGCUCUGAUAUUCCAGCCAGUGGUCCAACUUAAGGGGGAGACCGAUUUCGUUCACAGAAUCCCCAAGGAGCAGUGGUGGUUGAAGCUUCGUCCCCUCAUGAAGAUCCUCGCCAAGUACAAGACCAGCUAUGACGUAUCGGAUUCAGGGCAACUGGAACACGUCGUACACAACCAACCCAAAGACUCAGACGCUUCUGUGGCCAUGUGAAGACGUCCGGUGUUCUUGACGGCGGCCCGCAAAGUCCAAGUGUGUGUGUUAUUUGAGGUGUGAUCUCCACAUUUUGCACCAGUAAUACCUCACCUUCGAGGCAUCCCGAUGUGGACGUAGUCAUUGACCUGUAAGCUAACCUCACAAGUGUUCCUAGUGACAAAUGCACAUUUAUUUUCCUGUCAUACACACACACACACACACAAAAUGAUUUUCCGACGCACAUUCUGGAUGCUUAUUCAUGUCACGGUUUGUUUUUAAAUUUUGCACUUUCCCUGUCUCGAGUCAAGUGGGCAGGCUCUGCGGCCAGAGUUGCGCAACUAACACUGCUAGAAAAACAGAUUAUACAUCUGACAAAAAAUAAAUAUUGGGGAUAUUGGACUGCAAAGGGUGGACAUUUCAGGAUUUAGGCCAAAAUUGCAUUUCCAUCUUUUACAGUUAAGAUCAAUUUGACCUUCCCGAAACUUUUUGGAACACGGUUGUACAGCGAGAACGGACGAGUUACAGAAAGUCCAGAGGUGGACAUCCUCAGAAGCGCUCAACGCUCAAAUACCUAUUGUAAGCUUUGCCCUUCAGCUCCUUAUUACAGCGCGGCAACGUUUGCAAAAUGUCCUUCAAAGGUCAAGAGGUGGUCAACUUAAGUUCACCUUUCGAGGUUAUAACGCAUGUAUAACGCAUUUUAACCUUCAUCCUGACAUGUCAUCCCAAAGCUCAAUACUGCACCCUUCAUUUUUUGUGAGCGGCAUCCUGUGUGCCUCUCUGUCUUUAUUUGCAAAGAGCGUGAGGCUCUACAUGCAUGUGAGAUGCAACGCUGCCGACAACGCAAGCAAAGAAGAGUGCUUGCCAGGCUUUACACUGAGACCUAAUAUUUAUCUUUUUGACAUCAGAUUAUUUUGUGUUAACAUGGGUAUGACGUUAAUCAUGAACUGUGAGCACUGCUGUAGCUGUCUCGGCACAAUGCACAAACAUGUUAAAUGUGAAUAAAAAUAAAUAGUAAGUUGACAUGUGUACCCUA